UCCUAGGGUGUGCAAUCGUUCAGUCUUUAUUAUUUUACUUCUGACCAUGCAGUUCAUGACAGGGGAAUGGCACCCUUUGUGUGCCCUCCUUUAAAGUUGUCCACACCAAAUCUUUCUUUCCUGUAAUACAGUAGGACCCUGUAUCCAUGGGAUCGGCAUCCGCAGUUUCACUUAUCUGCUGCCUGAAAUGAUGAAAAUGGAUGUAGGAGGAAGUAGAAGUCUGGGCGUCAAAAGGACAGACAAGUCUCUGGUCAGUCACCCAUCACACCAAUCAAAGCCUGGGCUGGUACUGACCUUGGGACAAGGGGACCUUGGACAGCUCGGCCUUGGGCCGGAUGUGCUUGCCCGGAAGAGGCCCGCCGUGGUGAAGCUCCCUGAGAAAAUCAUCCAGGCCGAAGCAGGUGGUGUUCACACCGUGUGCCUCAGCGAGACAGGCAAGAUUUACACCUUUGGCUGCAACGAUGAGGGUGCCUUGGGCAGAGACACUUCAGAGGAAGGUUCUGACUCCGUCCCGGGGCUGGUUGAUUUGAAGGAGAAGGUGGUGCAGGUGUCUGCGGGGGACAGCCAUACGGCAGCAUUGACAGAAGAUGGCCGUGUUUUCAUCUGGGGUGCUUUCCGGGAUGAGAAUGGAGUCAUUGGCUUACUGGCUCCUCUGAAGGGGGAGGAGGAUAUAGAGUCGGCAACUGGUAGCCCUAUUCCUGUGGAGCUGCAGCUGGAGGUCCCUAUUGUUAGAAUAGCCUCAGGAAGCCAUCAUUUGGCAUUGGUGUCCACGACAGGGAACUUGUACACGUGUGGUUGUGGAGACAAUGGCCAGCUUGGCCGAGUGCCCCAAAUCUUCGCCAUGCGAGGGGGAAGAAGAGGUUUGGAGCGGCUGCUGCUCCCACAAGCCGUCACCAUCAAACAGAGAGGCUACAAGACGAAGGGACACAUUCGGGACGUCUUCUGUGGUUCCUAUUUAACAAUUGCCAUCACCGAAGAGGGCCACGUCAUUGGGUUUGGCCUUUCCAAUUACUACCAGCUGGGUUCUCAAGGAAUUGACACCUUUUAUUCCCCGAAGAUUCUGACAGCAUUCAAGAACUCCACCAAAUCCUGGGUUGGGUUCUCAGCUGGGCAACAUCACACGGUGUGCCUUGAUUCUGAAGGAACGGUAUAUAGUCUGGGCAGGGCAGAUUAUGGCAUGUUAGGCCUGGGAGAGGGAGUUUCGGAGAAGAGCACCCCGACCAUCAUCCCGGGACUGCCAAAAUCCUCUUCUGUAGCCUGCGGAGAACGAGUCGGCUAUGCGGUCACCGAAGACGGUGAGUCUGAAACAAGCAUUGGGUUAUUUGGGCAUGUUGGUUAGAGUGCUAGACUGGGA